GAGGAAGAAGACAGCUCUUUGCUCCUUUUUUUUGUUUGUUUGUUUUUCCUUUUUGUUUCUCCUUGCCUGAAUUAGAAGCUCCAGGAAUGUGCUAAUUGGCGGCGGCCUCUUCAGAAAGGAAAAUGGAUCUUGUUAUGUGAGGGCAUUGAGGAAACAGCCACCAGCUACUGACAGGAAGAAAGGCCUGGGUGGAAUAUUCAGAUUGAGGGAUUUUAAUGGCUUUCAGGUAGAAGCCAAGUGGAGACAAUCAAAAUGAAUUCUAUGGACAGGCACAUACAGCAGACCAAUGACCGGCUGCAGUGCAUAAAACAGCACUUACAGAACCCAGCGAACUUCCAUAAUGCAGCCACCGAGCUCCUGGACUGGUGUGGGGACCCCCGAGCCUUCCAGAGACCCUUCGAGCAGAGCCUGAUGGGCUGUUUGACGGUGGUUAGUCGAGUGGCAGCUCAGCAAGGAUUUGACUUGGAUCUUGGAUACAGGCUACUGGCAGUAUGUGCAGCCAACAGGGACAAAUUCACUCCGAAGUCAGCUGCGCUGCUCUCGUCGUGGUGUGAAGAGCUGGGACGGCUCCUGCUGCUCCGCCACCAGAAAAGCCGGCAGAACGAUCCUCCCGGGAAGCUUCCCAUGCAACCCCCCAUGAACUCUAUGAGCUCCAUGAAACCCACCCUCUCUCAUAGUGAUGGGUCUUUCCCUUACGAUUCUGUUCCUUGGCAGCAAAAUACCAACCAGCCACCAGGUUCUUUAUCCGUGGUCACCACAGUAUGGGGUGUGACUAAUACCUCUCAAAGCCAGGUGCUGGGAAACCCGAUGGCAAAUGCUAACAACCCUAUGAACCCAGCAGGAAAUCCCAUGGCUUCUGGGAUGACUACCAGCAACCCUGGCAUCAAUUCCCCUCAGUUUGCUGGGCAGCAGCAACAAUUUUCAGCCAAGGCAGGCUCCACUCAGCCAUACCUACAGCAGGGCAUGUAUGGGCGGCCCAAUUAUCCUGGAAGCGGCGGUUUUGGUGGGAGUUACCCCGGCGGCCCCAACGCCCCUGCGGGAAUGGGGAUCCCGCCGCACACGAGGCCGCCGGCGGAUUUCACGCAGCCAGCGGCCGCCGCCGCCGCCGCUGCCGUUGCUGCAGCCGCUGCCACGGCCACGGCCACGGCCACAGCCACCGUGGCCGCCCUUCAGGAGACCCAGAACAAGGACAUGAACCAGUAUGGACCGAUGGGUCCAACUCAGGCCUACAACAACCAGUUUAUGAACCAGCCCGGUCCUCGCGGCCCUGCUUCCAUGCCAGGCAACAUGAACCCGGCGAGCAUGGGAGCAGGAAUGACGCCCUCCAGCAUGAGCGGGCCGCCCAUGGGCAUGAACCAGCCUCGGCCCCCUGGCAUGAGCCCCUUCAGCACCCACGGGCAGCGGAUGCCUCAGCAAGCCUACCCGGGCCCCCGGCCCCAGUCCUUGCCUAUACAGGGCAUAAAGAGACCGUACCCGGGAGAGCCAAAUUAUGGAAACCAGCAGUAUGGACCAAAUAGCCAGUUUCCAAACCAGCCUGGUCAGUACCCUACUCCCAACCCUCCAAGACCCCUUACGUCUCCCAGCUAUCCUGGACAGAGGAUGCCAAGCCAGCAAAACACAGGGCAGUACCCUCCACCCACAGUCAACAUGGGGCAGUAUUACAAGCCAUCAAGGCCUGUACCUGUGGCAAAUUACCCUCAUUCACCUGUUCCAGGAAACCCCACACCACCUAUGACUCCAGGGAGCAAUAUUCCUCCAUACCUGUCACCCAACCAGGAUGUCAAACCACCAUUCCCACCUGACAUUAAGCCAAAUAUCAAUGCUUUACCACCACCUCCAAAUGCUAAAGGGAAAGUUCACGCUUUCUCUCCCUCUUCGAUCCCAGCCAACCACAACGACGAGCUGCGCCUGACAUUCCCCGUGAGAGACGGGGUUGUCCUGGAGCCCUUCCGGCUGGAGCACAACCUGGCAGUCAGCAACCACGUCUUUCACUUGCGGCCAACUGUUCAUCAAACGCUGAUGUGGAGGUCUGACUUGGAACUACAGUUCAAAUGCUACCACCAUGAAGACAGACAAAUGAACACAAACUGGCCAGCGUCAGUGCAGGUCAGCGUUAAUGCAACCCCACUUACCAUCGAGCGUGGCGACAACAAGACAUCUCAUAAACCUCUGCACCUAAAGCACGUCUGCCAGCCAGGAAGAAACACGAUUCAAAUUACAGUCACAGCAUGUUGUUGUUCACACUUGUUCGUGUUGCAGUUAGUGCACCGGCCAUCCGUUCGUUCUGUGCUGCAAGGUCUACUAAAAAAACGCCUCCUCCCCGCAGAGCACUGCAUCACUAAGAUAAAGAGGAACUUCAGCAGCGUGGCAGCUUCCUCGGGCAAYGCCACCCUCAAUGGGGAAGAUGGAGUAGAGCAGACUGCUAUCAAAGUGUCUCUGAAAUGUCCCAUCACAUUCCGGCGGAUCCAGCUCCCAGCAAGGGGUCACGAUUGCAAGCAUGUACAAUGCUUUGAUCUGGAAUCCUACUUGCAACUGAACUGUGAAAGAGGAACUUGGAGGUGUCCAGUAUGCAAUAAAACUGCCCUGCUGGAGGGCUUGGAGGUUGACCAGUAUAUGUGGGGUAUUUUGAAUGCUAUACAAAACUCAGAGUUUGAAGAAGUCACUAUUGAUCCAACUUGUAGUUGGAGGCCGGUUCCUAUAAAAUCGGACAUUCACAUCAAAGAUGACCCCGAUGGCAUUCCCUCCAAAAGAUUUAAAACCAUGAGUCCAAGCCAGAUGAUCAUGCCAAACGUGAUGGAGAUGAUUGCAGCGCUGGGUCCCGGCCCGUCACCCUACCCAUCCCUCCCGCCUCCUCCGGGAGGCAACAACUCCACUGACUAUGGCAACCAAGGCAACAGUUACCAAGGUCAUGGCAAUUUUGAUUUUCCGCAUGGGAAUCCUGGUGGAACGUCGAUGAAUGACUUCAUGCACGGGCCGCAGCUGUCGCAUCCCCCAGACAUGCCAAGCAGCAUGGCAGCGCUCGACAAACCUCUCAGUCACCCAAUGCAGGAGUCUAUGCCUCAUGGCGGCAGCGCUGAUCAGUCCCAUAGCUCCAUGCAGCAAGGUUUGCACGUGCCUCACCCCAGCAGCCAGUCAGGGCAGCCAUUACAUCACAGCGGGCCUCCUGCGCAGCCGCCCCGGCCGCCGCCGCCGGCCGCCGCCGGCAACCAUCCGCACGGUGACCUGACCUUUAAUCCCUCCUCAGCCUUAGAGGGUCAGGCUGGCGGACAGGGAGCACCCGACAUGCCGGAGCCCUCGCUGGAUCUGCUUCCAGAACUCACAAAUCCAGAUGAGCUGCUUUCAUACCUGGAUCCUCCCGAUUUGCCAAGCAAUAGCAAUGAUGACCUUCUGUCCCUCUUUGAGAACAACUGAAACCCUGUGUAUUCCCCCAUCCCUUUCACUUGUUCACACGUGUGUGGCUGCACAGCGAGGAAUCUUUAACACUCCUUUUCCACAAAAGAAAGAAGAAGAAAACCUCACAACUCGAUCCAAUGGUGCACUCCCUGCUUUCUUCAUCUCAGAACUGCUUUUGUCAGCUCCACAGACUGUGAAAGUGCUGGGAGGAACGCGUACAAAAGCCGCAGCAGCGCCAGAGCCCGCCGUGCGCCCCGUCACAGCGAAGCAGAGACGCUUGUGCCGCUCUGGAAACCCCACUUGUUGUGCAUCCUCUAGAGAGAGAGUUCUGUGAUAAACAUAGUGUGAAGUAUCUCGGCAAAAGCAAAAUCUUGGCAAGGGAAGAAAAGGCAACAAAAUGGACCUGUCUUUAAUYGACCAGUCUCAGAAUGUCCUUCCAAUGCGCGUUCUUCCAUUUUUUUGAAACUGUCUCUCCCCAUCCCCUUGCCCUCAACCCCCCGCCUCCAACCACAGGUUUGUGUUGGAGCCGUUGUCCUGGCCACACGCUGACAAAGAGAGUCCAGCCCAUCUAAACCUCCCAAAAGCACAAUGGUACCGCAGAGGGGCAGCGACAGGGCAGGAACACAAGCUCACCAGAGGGGCACAGCAGGUAGCCAGCCCAGCACCGGCGCCCUCACGGCCUCCAGGCUGCAGCCGUGUGUGUUUGUCUCUGUAACGUGCAGGAAUCUUCGCCACCUCUUYGCAAAGGAUUCCUCUGCUCAAACACACAGAUUGCGGAAAAAUAAAACAAAAAAUACUUUCAGUUUUUAGCUCUUUUUUUGCGGGCUUGGUUCCAAAUCGGCACCAUUUCCAGCUGCAUUACCACCCAACUGUUGAGACUGUUGUAAUAGAUAGAUCCUUUGGCUGCGUAUUCCAUACAAAAUGGAGAAGCGAGGGGGGCAGAACAGGAACCAUCAUGCUCUCGAUUUUCACCCACAGCCUUGGGCUCUCUCAGCGUUUGUGUCGUGCUUUGCACKGCACAAUCCUUAGCAAGACGAGCUGGGAGGAAGGCAGGCAGGGAAUCGCAGCAGGAUGGACGGGGGGGAGAGUAACAUCCCUAUCUGCAUAAUUAUUUUUACUAAUCGGCUUGAAAAGGGGCAUUGAAAUUGGACAGACAUUUUACAGCUUCUCUUUUCSUUUUGCUUUGCAUUCUGUUCUCAUGACUGUUACAGAUAAUCCAGGCUUUUUCCCCCUUUUCCUUUUYGCCCGUAGCUGCCAGGAUGCGCUCCUUCUCCCGAAGGAACGGGCAUGGGGAGCAUCAGUAGUUGCUGGUGGAUGGCUACUGCCCUCCAGAGCCCCCGAUGCCGCCGUCUCGCCCCCGUGGUCUGUGCUUCUCGUGUGGUUGCUUCUCCUGCAUGAGCUUCCGAUCGCUUCUGUGCCCAUCUCUGUGCUCUUCGUCUCUCUCUCUCUUAUAAAUUAUGUACAGUAGCAGUGUAAGAAGUGCAUGUGUGCCAACUCUGCCCUCGUGGUGCAACAUUUCAGCUUCUGCCCACCGUACGGUUCUUGUUUUGGUUUCUUUUUGUUACUAAAGCAAUUUAGACCCUACUCCUUUCCCAGCUCCAGGCGAAUACCCGUUCCGUGCUCGCAACGUUUCCAACUUAAGUGCCAGACAAAAUCCUGUCUGUUCCUAUCUGUUUGACUCGGUAGUUUGUUGGCCCUUUGUGUUCCGUUUGCAAUGCUGUAAAUGGCAUGCUCCCUGCUUGCGACGCUGGAUUUGCUUUCCUCACCAAAGUCAUGUUUGUAAAUUCUUUGCCGUUCUUGGUUUAUUUUGCCUUUUUUUUUUUUUUUUUGUUAACGUUUCCACCUACUGCUGUACAUGCGUCGUGAUAUAUAUAUGCUAGUCAGCAGCACCUUGCUGUAGAUAUUAAAGGAAAUGGCGGUUUAGUUCUUUUGUUUUCCAGUAGGAGUAUUGAAUCUGUCAAACAUAUUAUGUAGAGAUGGUCCCACACUUAUAUUUUUCCU